AUGAAUAAAGUGAGAAUGGAGGAGAGCAUCAUGUCAUACCUGUCGCAGAGUGAGACUGGCACCGGCCCCAAAGACCUGAACGUGGUGGCCAUGCUCCAUCACUUCUGGGAGGAGAAGCAGACGAGUCAGUUGAGUGGUUCUCUCGGUGAACCAGGAGGUUCCAGUGGGGACACAGCCGUCCAGACAGAGAGCUUCCUGUUGUAUGAAUCUGCACCGUCCCCCGGUCCACCGUUCAUCUGCUACGUCACCCUUCCUGGAGGAAGCUGCUUUGGAAACUAUAAGGUGUGUGACACUCAGGCAGAAGCUCGGAGGGACGCAGCUCGCGUGGCCCUGAUGAACUCCCUCGUGAACGAGCUGCCGUGUCGACGCAUCAACUCUCAGUUCAUCACUCAGAGCCUGCAGCAGGCGGCCACACACAGUGCUGUCUCGACUGAAGAUGCGUGUGAUUCCAGCACCAGUAUAGGAACCUACAGUUCGCUCCUCCACUCCUACGUAGGAAGGACGAUGCUGGAGUUCCAGGAGAUGAUGACAGUGUUCCAGCUGUUGCACUGGAACGGGACACUGAAAGCACUGCGGGAAAGGCAUUGUUCUCGACAGAGUGUGAUCUCCUACUACUCUCAGCGAGGUCUUGAUGAGUACAUGCGCAGCAACAUGGCUCUGGAUUGGCUCGAGCGGGAGCAGCAGUCAGCGGGGCAGCUCGGGGAGGAGCUGCAGGUGGCGCAGAGGGAGCUGGUGCUUGCCCGGCGUCGAGGCAUAGAGCUGCGCUUCCACAAGGAGAAGACGGAGAUCCUCAGCUUGGCUCUGAGUCAAGCUUACAUCCACCACACACCCGAGGCCUCGAGCCCGACGCAUAGUCACACCUACGAGGAACUUCCUUUACAUGCAUUGUACAGCCAGGAAACAGAUGUCCAAAUCACACCACCCUGCAGUCCAUCACCAACCCUUCAUAGAAACACAAAGCAAACACUCUGGCACACCCCUGGAAAACAUGUGGCCUCCAGCAGUCCUUCACCAUGCUCACUGCAGACUUAUGGGACUUUAAAUAGACAGAAGAAGAAGGGUAAGGAUGGGCGAUAAAAACUUUCCUGUGACUCUGAAUGAGUUUAACGUCUGCCACUCGAAAUGUGAGCGAACAGAAAAUAUCCGGCAUGGUCAUGGUCUUCAGGUAUAUUCAUCAAGCGCUACAAAUACUUUGUGAAUUUGUGUAUUAAUAAUGCUCUAAGGAAAUAACUCUUUUAUUAAUAUACAGUAGGACUAAGAGUUAGUGAUGCCUGUGUUGCAACUUUAACCACAAGAAAUGCAGCAAAUGGUUUCAAUCAAGUCGUAUUAAUGUAGUUAAAGUGUAUUGUACAAUAUCAAUAAUCACGAUAUUAUUUUCAUCAAUAGCAAUAUAACAAAAGUCAAAUAUAUAAAUCGAUAUAAUGUCUGCACAGGCACAGUGAGGAGGUAUAACACAUAAUUAAUCUACUUCAAAUUGUGUUUGUCAUUCUGUGCCCAUAGAAAAGAGUUUAAAUCCACAGCCUUCACUCAGGAGCAAAAUCAAACUUUAAACCUUAGACUGUUAAUAACAAUGGACUCCAGGUUUUCUAUAGAAGUCUCUAAACUUACUCUACUUCUCACUUGAUUUAAUAAGUCAGUAACCAUUUUUCUCAGGAGUUUGUGGUUUCAAUCGGUUUCAAGUCUUUUCCUAUAAAGCUAGAUGUUAAGUUAGUAAAUAAAGGUUCAAUUUAGAGUAAAGCAAAUGAUGAAGCAUGGUGGUAUAUGUUGGCGUGCAGUAUCCUGACGAUCUCAGACAGGCUUCAACCUGUUCCAACUAUGGUUAUAUAUGGUUACCAUGAUGGCGCUGACCAAAAUGCAAACUGGCCUCAAAACGCAGUUCACAUGUGAUGCAGUUGCCACUUGCAUUGAACUCAAUGGAAAUUAUAACGUGACUUUUAUUGUGAUAAUUGUUGAUUUUGACUGUUUUGAAAAUGUCUAUCGUGAUAUGAUUUCUGGUCAAAUCGCUCAGACUUAACACUGACCAUUUAUAUGUUUUUGUAUAAAGUGCAACUCUGUAAUAUAUAUUAUAUUAUGAUCAUAUUAUGAUAUUACUAUGUCACCUAUAACUUAAAAUACAGGAAUUUUAGAGUUUUUUAAACUAUUCAGUAAACUGUUAGACUAACAACAACUCUUCUGCCUGCCUCACUCUCAUGUCACCAGAUGUAUUCAUGCUUACUGGAUACUGACACCUGAAGUGAUUGCAUUUUUAAAGGGAGGCUUUAGCUUGUGUCUUAACAGACUACAUGUUGGAGAAAUAAUUUAUACCGAGUUUAGAUUAUUAUACUUGUCUUGCCUGGUUGACAUAGUUUUUGAUAAGGAACCAUCUAUGGAG